UAGGUCGCCUCCCGCUAGUUCCCAGUGAACUACUGAGGGUGACCCAGCGGGUUCCUGAGGACCCUGUGUCUCCUAGAGGGGCUGGACACCGAGCGGGUGCGGUGGCCCUGGGAAGGAACCUGGCUUGGGCUGCCCACCUUCUGCCGGCUCCCCUCCCUAUCCCUUACCCUGAGCGUCGGGACCGCGCGGCGUCUCCCUAUGAAUCUUUACAUGGAUGACAUGGCAACCACUCAGAUUUCCAAAGACGAACUUGAUGAACUCAAAGAGGCCUUUGCGAAAGUUGAUCUCAACAGCAAUGGAUUCAUUUGCGACUAUGAACUUCAUGAGCUUUUCAAGGAAGCCAAUAUGCCACUGCCAGGAUAUAAAGUGAGAGAAAUUAUUCAAAAACUCAUGCUGGAUGGUGACAGAAACAAAGAUGGGAAGAUAAGUUUUAAUGAAUUUGUUUAUAUUUUCCAAGAGGUAAAGAGCAGUGAUAUUGCUAAAACCUUCCGAAAAGCCAUCAACAGGAAAGAAGGGAUUUGCGCUCUGGGAGGAACGUCAGAGUUGUCCAGUGAAGGAACACAGCACUCCUACUCAGAGGAAGAAAAAUACGCUUUCGUUAACUGGAUAAACAAAGCUUUGGAAAAUGAUCCCGAUUGCAGACACGUUAUACCCAUGAACCCGAAUACUGAUGACCUGUUCAAAGCAGUUGGUGAUGGAAUUGUGCUCUGCAAAAUGAUCAACCUUUCAGUUCCUGAUACCAUUGAUGAGAGAGCAAUCAACAAGAAGAAACUUACACCCUUCAUCAUUCAGGAAAACUUGAACUUGGCACUGAACUCUGCUUCUGCCAUUGGGUGUCACGUUGUGAACAUUGGUGCCGAAGAUUUGCGGGCUGGGAAACCUCAUCUGGUUUUGGGACUGCUCUGGCAGAUUAUUAAGAUUGGCUUGUUCGCUGACAUUGAAUUAAGCAGGAAUGAAGCACUGGCUGCUUUGCUUCGAGAUGGUGAGACUUUGGAGGAGCUUAUGAAACUAUCUCCAGAAGAGCUUCUGCUAAGAUGGGCCAACUUUCAUCUGGAAAAUUCAGGCUGGCAAAAAAUCAACAACUUCAGUGCUGACAUCAAGCUUUUUGACUUCAGUAAUUCAGUGAAGGACUCCAAAGCCUAUUUCCAUUUGCUCAAUCAAAUUGCACCAAAAGGACAGAAGGAAGGUGAACCACGGAUAGAUAUCAGCAUGUCAGGUUUCAAUGAAACAGAUGAUUUGAAGAGAGCUGAAAGUAUGCUUCAACAAGCAGAUAAAUUAGGUUGCAGACAGUUCGUUACCCCUGCUGAUGUUGUCAGUGGAAACCCCAAACUGAACUUAGCCUUCGUAGCUAACCUCUUUAAUAAAUACCCAGCACUCACUAAACCUGAAAACCAGGACAUUGACUGGACUCUACUAGAAGGAGAAACUCGUGAAGAAAGAACCUUCCGUAACUGGAUGAACUCUCUUGGUGUUAAUCCUCACGUAAACCAUCUCUAUGCUGACCUGCAAGAUGCCCUGGUCAUCUUACAGCUAUAUGAACGAAUUAAAGUUCCUGUGGACUGGAGUAAAGUUAACAAGCCUCCAUACCCGAAGUUGGGAGCCAACAUGAAAAAGUUAGAAAACUGCAACUAUGCAGUUGAAUUAGGGAAGCACCCAGCUAAAUUCUCCCUGGUUGGCAUUGGAGGACAAGACCUGAAUGAUGGGAACCCAACCUUGACCUUGGCUGUAGUCUGGCAGCUGAUGAGAAGAUAUACCCUUAAUGUUCUGGAAGAUCUUGGAGAAGGUCAGAAAGCAAAUGAUGACAUCAUUGUAAACUGGGUGAACAGAACAUUGAGUGAAGCUGGAAAGUCAACUUCCAUUCAGAGUUUUAAGGACAAGACGAUCAGCUCCAGUUUGGCAGUUGUGGAUUUAAUUGAUGCCAUCCAGCCAGGCUGCAUUAACUAUGACCUUGUUAAGAGCGGAAAUCUUACGGAAGAUGACAAGCACAACAACGCCAAGUAAGGGCCAGCCUGCAGUGUCACACAAAGA